UUUCGGUUUGGGGGGCUUCAUUUCUCCACGACGCCAACACGCUGCCCUCGACAAUCUACCAUUCCACCCUCCAACAUUGUAGUAUUCAAUUGCAGUUGUGCCCAAGGCUUGAAACAGUUCCCUAGGCACGCAUUUUAGCCGUCGAGCGUUGCAGCCAGCGGCCUUCGACCUCCAUGCGCACAUUCUCUUCUGCUAAGGAAUCGCAACACCAUCUGCUGUUGAAGCCAUCGGACCUGUUCCUCAACCCACCUCCAAUCUCCAGCAAAUCGAAGUCACCAGUCUCUAAGUCCGUUAUCCAGUUGCGACUCUGUGUCACGAUUGUUCCAAGAGCCGUUCAACGGGGUGACAUUACGCGGGGAAUUGAAGCUUGACUGCCAAAUCUGCUGUCACUGAGCGCUAGAGAGAUUCGCGUCCAAAAACCAUGCUACUGUAACUGCUUUCACUCGCCCCAUAACGUGUCCGGGUCUGGCCACCUUCCACGGACUGCCUACUUCAGUGCCCUCUCCUACCUCCUGCGCCCUCACUCCUACCAAAACCACUUUUCGGAAUGGACUCGGCAGCCGAUUCGCUUCUGGCCCUCUCUAACGUUGCGACAGCGACCGCCGCAAAAGAAGAACCAAUUUCAGACGAUGACCGCUCGAGCAGUCUUAGCGAGCUAGACGACAAUCUGGAUGAUGUUGAAGAUGAAGCCAUACAACCGGCCAAAGCGCCUGAAGUCGACUCAGAGGCCGAGACUGAGCGGCUUCAAGUCACACCCGAUAACCUUGGUCGAAAGAAGCCUUUACAAAUCAGUCCUAGCAAACUAGCCCACAGAGAGGAUGUUGACAUGCGUCCAGAAAUCGAGAGCAUAACAGAAAGCGCUGUGUCCUCGCCUAUAUCCUCGCAUCCAGACUCGGAAAUCGAAGGCGCACUUAGCGACGGGCCAGACGUCCAGGACGAACCGCACGCAGAAGAUGAAACGAAUAGAGCCAGAGCCAAUUCUCCAAACAAGCGAAAAAGAGAAACAAGUGAAUCAGAUGCUGAAGAAGCCCCUACCUCGCAAAGACGCCGAACCACGUCCCCUGAAAGUGAGGACGAGAAAUCGGACCCUGAGAGUGAAGUUGGGGACAGUCGCGACCAACCUACCCGAGAAGCAACAGUAGAAGCAGAAGUGGCCGCGCCAGAACACGAGACCGAGGAUGCUGAAGAGCCGACGGAAAGCCGGGAAGAAGCUGAAAAGGUUGACACCAGCGAGGAUUCGAAGGAUAAGACCAGAAAUCGGCCGCGGCGCAAAGCGAAGGGCGAGGUGAUACAAGAACCACAUGCAGAAACCGAAGACGACGCCGAGGCCGCCGAGGAUACUGACGCAGUAGACGAAAACGACGCGGAGGCUGCGGUCAAGACUGAAGAAGAACAGGCCAAACGAAUGGCGGCCAUGGAAGCGCUGACGACACUGGAGAAGCAUUUCGCCGCAUUGAGAGAUCGACUUUACGAUGAAAAGAUUGCAGGCAUCAAUCAUGAACUUGCAUUGUUAUCCGAGCCGAAACCAUGCCAUCCAGAGUUAUUGCGACAGCUCGAAGCAGUGAAAAAGUACCGCGACGAAAAGUUCGAGGUCGAACAAAAGCUUCUGGUGUACAAGAUUGGGGCGCUCAAGAACAGGGCUGUGGCAGAACGCAGCCAGAUACACAGUCAGUAUUUCCAGACUGUGCGGGACAUCCGAGAGAAGUACUUGGAGCGCAUCAGCGAACACUUCUACCGCAUCCAACGCGACAGAUUCAAGACGGACUCGAUGGUCCCGAAUUUCACCAUUCCCUUUCCCGAGAAACGUUCCCAGCAAAUCCUACAACAAACCGCAUACAACAAAGAAGUGUCGAUUCUGUCAGGCAUUGCCAAAUAUGUUGGCUUUCCGGCUGCUCCAGAGCUGGAACCUUCAAAGCAGAAGGAUGUGGAGGAUGACCUGCAGAAGAUGGGUAUUUCAGCUGCUCAGACCCGACCCACGAGGCUCCCGCAGAGACAAAUGCAAGGCCCUGUCUCAGGGACACAGCUAUCAGGCCCACAGGCCGAAGAGCAGUUCCUCGAACAGACGCCCUGGGCCAACCCACAGCAUCCCAUCCACCGACUCAGUCGGCGGAAUUCCAACAGCAACAUCACCAACAACAAUAUCCACCGGUCGCCAAUGGCCGAGUUCCUCACGCCCGCGAACCAACAACGCACCACGGAGAACCCACAACCCGCUGGCUCGGCCUCGACGAUCGUCGACCCAUCUGCGCAGCUCUCCUCGGCCCUCAACACCCCCCAUGACGACCCACAUCAACAACAACAGCAACAACAUCAUUACCAACAACACAGUAGCACGACGAAAACGGAGCCCCAAUAUGGUGGCGGAGGCUCCAAUGUCCAUAAUUACCGACAGCAUUCCAGCUCGCCUCUCGAGACACGGAGAGUGCCUCCCAAUCCCGGCGCACGCCGCGACUUUCAUAUCGCUUCGGACAGCAUCGCGUACAAUAAUCACAACCCCAACAGCAGCAACAAUCAUGCUGAGGAUCCUCCACCACAGCAACAACCUACAAAGGACAAUAUGCAUCGAGACUUCAACUCGUCGCCGCUCACGUCGCGUGCCCAAUUGGCAGCUGCAGCUUCACCGCCACGGUCGACGUCGGCGCGUCCGGAAAAGAUGGUGUCUUCGAGAUUUACUACUGGUGCCAAUACCAGCAGCAACGGUAACAAUGAGUCCUCCCCGUUCAAGCAGGGCAGGGACUCCGGCAUCACCACCGCGGCCACGGCGGGAUCGGGGUUCUCUGCUGCCACGGGAAAGUUUAGUAUUCGAUAGACCGAGACAGACACAGAUAUCCCCUUGAAGUUUGGAGCGGAAGCUUUUUGCACAAAGGGAGAGAGGACUGCCCACUGCUUUUUGGUUAUGAAUUGAUGGUGACGGUUUGACGGUCAUGGUCAUGGUCAUGGUAAAUACUACUAUAGUAAAUGUACAAAUUCAAAUUCAAAUCUCCCACAACUUGACUAUCG